AUGUUAAACUUGUUCAGACUGCGAUCGAUGUCAACAAAUGUUAACUUGUGUUUCCGAAAUGUUGUCAGGAACCUGCAGUAUGUUCAGGGCCAGUCGCCGAACCCGAAAAUCCGAGAAUAUUUUUACUACAUUGAUCACCAAGGACAGCUGUUCCUGGAUGACACUAAGAUCAAGAAUUUCACAUCUUGCUUUAAAGAAAAAGACUUUCUUGUGUUCUUUUUCAAAAGACUUAAAGUAAACACGACUGGAAGAUAUGUGGAUGAGUUCCCAUUUAUCUCCCUGUGUGGUCGAGAACACAACUACGUACGAUGCAACGACACUCCGAUUGUCUACACACAUAUCAUUCAGAACCCCAGCUCAGCAACAGAUCUCCUAUCAUUCGGAGGCGCAGGAGACAAACUGACUGUGAAGUUUGAACCAGAGAAUCUUUGCAUGCUACCUCAAACUGGCAGAGUGUACCACCCAGCUUCUGAACAGUAUGGGAGCAUUGGUUUAAUCAAAUCAGCUCUGGCCAUUGAGCUUAGUAAGAGCUUUGAGUUUGCCUCAGGUGACGAAAGUCAGCCUCCGUCACAUUUCACCUGGAAAGGUCACCGUUAUGAUUUGACUAAUGUUUUGUUUGAUGUGGUUAGAGACAGAAAGUUUGUGGUUCAUGAAGAAUAA